AUGAAGGAAUCCGCGGAAAGUCAGUACCACAGAGCAAGACUUUGUCAUUUAAAAUUGUGGCCGAAUUUUAGUGGAUAUGGCUUCAGUUUGAGAACAGACUCUUUCAAACAUGAACACAAAGUUGAAAACGUUGAACCUCUUUCACCCAGUGAAUCAGGAGGUCUACUCAAUGAAGAUAUAAUUUUAAUGGUGAAUAACAAAACUGUAGAGCGUCUUUCGCACACGGAUGUCGUGAAAGUUAUCAAAGAACGAUCUGACGUUGAAUUGCUGGUUGUGCAACCGAAGGAUUUGGCAUAUUUCCGAAAAUUCACUGAUGUAAUCAGUGCUGCAAUUAAGAAUCCCAUACGAUGUGAAACUUCGGAAGAGUUUCAACCGAAUAUAAUACUGAAAACAGAUAAUUCAUCUUGA